CCACAGCAAGGCUUACUGUGCAGAGAAGAGCCUCUCACUCUCACUCUCUGCUGCAGCCAGCAGCCUAGUGUCACCAUGCAGAGGUCCCCUCUGGAGAAAGCCAACAUCUUCUCAAAAAUAUUCUUCAGUUGGACAAAGCCCAUUCUGUGGAAAGGUUACAGACAGCGACUAGAACUGUCAGACAUUUACCAGAUUACCACCGCAGAUUCUGCUGACAAUUUAUCUGAAAGACUAGAAAGAGAAUGGGACCGAGAACUGGCUACAUCAAAAACAAACCCCAGAUUAAUCAAUGCACUGAAACGAUGCUUUUUCUGGAAAUUCAUUUUCUACGGAAUUUUAUUAUAUCUCGGGGAAGUCACCAAAGCUGUUCAGCCUCUUCUCCUUGGAAGGAUCAUAGCGUCUUAUGAUGUAGACAAUGCUGCUGAACGAUCGAUUGCCUAUUAUUUAGCGAUUGGCCUCUGUCUACUUUUCGGAGUGAGAACUCUGCUACUACAUCCUGCCAUAUUUGGUCUCCACCAUAUAGGAAUGCAAAUGAGAAUAGCAAUGUUUAGUUUAAUUUACAAAAAGACAUUAAAGCUUUCAAGCAAAGUUUUGGAUAAAAUUAGCACGGGGCAACUAGUGAGCCUUCUCUCCAACAACCUUAAUAAAUUUGAUGAGGGUCUGGCCCUGGCACAUUUUGUUUGGAUUGCUCCCCUGCAAGUCAUACUGUUGAUGGGACUACUGUGGGAUUUACUUCAAGCCUCUGCGUUCUGUGGACUCGGAUUUCUUGUAAUAAUUGCCCUGUUUCAAGCAUGGUUGGGAAGGAGAAUGAUGAAAUAUAGGGACCGGAGAGCAGGGAAGAUCAAUGAAAGACUGGUGAUCACAUCUGAAAUUAUAGAAAACAUACAAUCAGUUAAAGCCUACUGCUGGGAGGAUGCCAUGGAAAAAAUUAUCGAAAGCAUUAGACAGGUGGAAUUGAAGCUUACCAGAAAAGCAGCUUAUGUGAGAUACUUCAACAGCUCAGCCUUCUUUUUCUCAGGUUUCUUUGUGGUGUUUCUCUCCAUACUGCCACACUUGCUAACCAACGGGAUUGCCCUUCGGAAAAUCUUCACCACAAUUUCAUUCAGUAUUGUCCUCAGGAUGACGGUGACGAGACAGUUCCCAUGGGCUGUGCAGACCUGGUAUGACUCUCUUGGAGUGAUAGAUAAAAUACAGGAUUUCUUGCAAAAAGAAGAAUUUAAACCAUUAGAAUACAAUCUAACCACCACUGAUGUUGUCAUGGAAAAUGUCUCUGCAUCUUGGGAUGAGGACAUGGGGCAAUUUUUUGAAAAAGCAAAACUUGAAGUGAAUGGAAAUGGCGCUACUAAUGAAGAUCCAAACCUGUUCUUCAGUAAUUUCUCACUUCAUCUCACUCCUGUCCUUUCAGACAUCAGUUUCACGUUAGAUAAAGGACAGCUUUUGGCCGUCGCUGGGUCCACUGGAGCUGGAAAGACCUCACUGUUAAUGAUGAUUAUGGGAGAACUGGAACCGUCUGCGGGGAAAAUAAAGCACAGCGGUAGAAUAUCAUUUUCUCCACAAGUCUCUUGGAUCAUGCCUGGGACAAUCAAAGAAAAUAUCGUGUUUGGGGUUUCUUACGACCAGUAUCGAUAUCUGAGCGUCAUUAAAGCCUGCCAGCUGGAAGAGGACAUUUCCAAAUUCCCAGAAAAAGAUAAUACAGUGUUGGGAGAAGGAGGGAUCACACUGAGUGGAGGCCAGCGUGCCAGGAUUUCACUAGCCAGAGCAAUAUACAAAGAUGCUGACCUCUACCUUCUAGACUCCCCAUUUAGUUACCUCGACUUGUUUACAGAAAAAGAAAUAUUUGAAAGCUGUAUUUGCAAGCUAAUGGCCAAUAAAACUAGAAUCCUUGUCACCUCAAAACUAGAACAGCUUAAGAAAGCUGAUAAAAUUCUCAUAUUGCACGAAGGAACUUGUUACUUUUACGGAACAUUUGCUGAACUUCAAGAUCAACGGGCAGAGUUUAGUUCGCAGUUGAUGGGAUUUGAUGCGUUUGACCACUUUAGUGCAGAGAGGCGAAACUCAAUAUUAACUGAAACCCUCAGAAGAUGCUCAAUAGACAGUGACCCAACAGCUGUUAAAAAUGACAUCCGAAAGAAGUCUUUUAAACAAACUGCUGAGUUUAUUGAAAAGAGAAAAAACUCCAUAAUCAAUCCCCGAAAAUCAAGCAGAAAAUUUUCCAUCAUGCAGAAAGCUCAACCACAAAUGGGGGGUAUCGAAGAAGAGUCUGCAGUAGAACCAGGAGAAAGAAAAUUGUCACUAGUACCGGACUCUGAGCAAGGAGAGGCUAUACUGCCCAGAAGCAAUAUCUUGCACACAGGUCCCAAUUUUCAAGGGAGAAGAAGACAGUCAGUCCUGAACCUCAUGACUGGCAACUCCGCUUCUCAAGGACAGAGUUUCUACACAAGAGGAAGCACAUCUAUUCGGAAAAUGUCAAUGGCCCCCCAGUCCAAGCUGUCAUCUGAUAUUGAUAUUUACAGCAGACGCUCUUCCCAAGACAGCGUCAUGGAAAUAAGUGAAGAUAUCAAUGAAGAAGAUUUGAAGGAGUGUUUCUUAGAUGAUACAGACAGUUCAACCCCAACCACCACGUGGAGCACCUAUCUCAGAUUCAUUACAGCUCACAAGAAUUUCAUUUUUGUUCUCAUCUUAUGUCUAGUGAUUUUUGUUGCUGAGGUUGGCGUUUCACUGGUUGGGCUAUGGCUUAUUAGUUCGGAUGCGUCUGAGGAAAAUAUGACAACCAAUGGGAAUUCUUCCAAGCCGCCCGUAAUUGUAACCACAACUAGCUCUUAUUACAUAUUUUAUAUUUAUGUCGGAGUGGCCGAUUCGUUGCUAGCCCUUGGUAUCUUCAGAGGUUUGCCGCUGGUGCACAGCCUGAUAACCGUGUCCAAGGUGCUCCACAGAAAGAUGUUACAUGCUGUGUUGCACGCUCCGAUGUCCACCUUUAAUACCAUGAGGACGGGACGGAUACUUAACAGAUUCUCGAAAGACACAGCUAUCCUAGAUGAUAUGCUUCCUCUAACAAUAUUUGACUUCACACAGUUGGUGCUAAUUGUGAUUGGGGCAAUCACAGUGGUGUCAAUUCUAGAACCAUACAUCUUCUUAGCGACCAUUCCCAUCAUCAUCGCUUUUAUUAUACUGCGAUCCUACUUCCUUCAUACUUCCCAGCAGCUAAAACAGUUGGAGUCAGAAGCUCGCAGUCCAAUUUUUACUCAUCUCAUAACAAGUUUAAAGGGUUUAUGGACUCUGAGAGCUUUUGGGCGGCAGCCAUACUUCGAAACGCUGUUUCACAAGGCAUUGAAUUUACACACCGCUAAUUGGUUCCUCUACCUGUCCACACUCCGCUGGUUCCAAAUGACUAUUGAAAUGAUCUACGUUAUCUUCUUCUGUUGUGUUACAUUCAUCUCCAUUGCAACAUCAGGCGCUGGGCGAGAGAAAGUCGGAAUAGUAUUAACGUUGGCAAUGAAUAUUAUGAACACGUUGCAGUGGGCUGUAAAUUCCAGUAUCGAUGUGGACAGUUUGAUGCGUUCUGUUAGCAGAAUUUUCCGAUUUAUUGAUAUACCAAUGGAAGAUGCCAAAUACCAAAACAAGAGCAAAAAGAAUGACGAUACCUUGUCCAAUGUGCUUAUAAUUGAAAAUGAACACACAAAGAAGGACCGCGACUGGCCAUCUGGUGGUCAAAUGACAGUCAAAGAUCUUUCGGCAACAUAUGUGGAGGGUGGCCAUUCUGUUCUGGAAAACAUCUCCUUCUCAAUAAAUCCUGGCCAAAGGGUAGGCCUGUUAGGAAGGACUGGAUCCGGUAAGAGUACCUUGCUUUCGGCAUUUCUGAGAUUAUUAUCCACACAAGGAGACAUUCAAAUUGAUGGAGUAUCCUGGCAGACGACCCCUCUGCAGAAAUGGAGAAAAGCAUUUGGGGUGGUACCACAGAAAGUGUUCAUAUUUUCUGGAACGUUCCGUAAAAAUUUAGACCCAUAUGGAAAAUGGAGUGAUGAAGAAAUAUGGAGAGUCACCGAAGAGGUUGGUUUAAAGUCAAUAAUCGAGCAGUUUCCAGGUCAGUUGGAUUUUGUUCUUUUGGAUGGUGGAUGUGUUCUAAGCCAUGGACAUAAACAACUCAUGUGUUUGGCCAGAUCUGUCCUUAGCAAAGCCAAAAUUCUUCUUCUUGAUGAACCUAGUGCGCAUUUAGAUCCAGUAACUUUUCAGAUUAUUAGAAAAACACUAAAACAUGCUUUUGCCAACUGCACUGUAAUACUAUCAGAGCACAGACUGGAGGCCAUGCUGGAAUGUCAGUUCUUUUUGGUAAUUGAAGAGAAUACAGUUCGCCAAUAUGACUCAAUCCAGAAACUAAUGAACGAGAAGAGCUUCUUCAAACAGGCCAUAAGUCACUCGGAUCGCUUGAAGCUAUUCCCCCUGCAUCGUCGAAACUCAAGCAAAAGGAAAUCCAGACCUAAAAUUACUGCCUUGCAGGAAGAAACGGAAGAAGAGGUUCAGGAUACAAGGCUCUAAAAUGUACAAUUGACAAUGUGCCUUGUUUAUUUCUCUGUAUAUAAUGGUCAGUUGCUGGAGGCGUCACUUAGCAGCUUGACCUGAUUUGACAUCUUCCAGAUCUGAGUGCGUGCUGAAUUCUAUAGUCUGACCAUCUAUUUUUCCAUCCAUUCAUUCAAGCUUUUAAGGAGAAUGACCACUC